AUGUCGCAUCUCGAUAGCUCAGACGCGUAUGCCGCCGGUUCCUCCAAGACCAGAGGAGGCCACCGCUGCCGAUCCUGGCGUCUCGAGGUGGCGCGGCUGCAGCUGUGGCCGGAGGCUCCACCGCCGCCGCCGCCGCUCGACCUCAUCCACGGCUGGGUCCACCGAGGCAACGAGCGGAUGCUGCGGCGCCUCCUCGAGGAGCGGCAGCCUCGCUGCGUGGUGGAGCUGGGCUCGUGGUGCGGACUAUGCACAACGCUUCUCUGCGAGGCGGCUCCACGCCUCGCUGUUUUCGCCGUGGACCUGUGGGACGCGCCGCACCUCUUGGCGACACCGUCACAGCGUGAGCAGUACACCUGCGACGCGCAGGCGAUGGCCAUCCUCCAGGCCGGCGAGCUGCACGCGGCCUUCCUACACAACCUGUGGCCGCACCGCACGCGCGUAUUCCCGCUGCGCAUGCCCACUGGCGACGGGCUGGCGGCGAUCGCGCGGCUAGGAGCUCCCGUCGAUCUUAUCUAUGUCGACGCCGACCACACCUAUGCCGCGGUGCUCGCAGACUUGCGGGCGAGCGCGCGCCUCUUCCCCGACGCACUGCUCUGCGGUGACGACUGGUGCUGGGCCGACGUGCAGCUCGCUGUGGCCGACUUCGCGCACGAGCGUGGGCUCCGGGUGGUGUCGCACCCGCGCGAGAACUGGUGGUGGCUUCGGCACCCGCGCGAGGAGGCGGUCGUCGUCUGGGAGGGCGAGGACGGAGCAGGGGCCCGGGGGGCAGCGGCGAACGACGGUCGCGAGGGGUGGGACGCGUGA